AUGACGCCACCCAAAACCCUGAUCGAGAUGGUCGAGUACAAUCAGUUUCAGAAAAAACUCGUUUUAGAAAGCGCCGAAAAACACAAGCAGAUCGAUUUGAUUUCGGACUACAUCUUUGUUCUGAAGAAACACGGCAUAAAAACCACGAAAGCGAUGGACGAUAGGUAUGCCGGUCUUUGGGACUCGUGGAAUUCGUACACGAACCUGUUGAACAAAGCGGAAAUCAUGUUGAAAGAAAAACAUCUCGAAUUCAAAGCCAUGUUGCAGCUCCAACAGGAGGAGUUCAAAAAAGAAGUUCAACAAUUUCGACAGAUCUGGGAGGAAUUCAAGCAAACCGAAUCAAGAAACAAAGACUUAGUGUCGAUCGAUGCUUUAAAUGGUGUACGUAAAAUUGAACAGAAAUAUGAAAAAAUGAAAGAGAGGGAAAAUCAGUUAAUAGCAGAUCUUGAACUUUUGAAGUUAAAACAUUUUCAACAACCGGACAAGGAUAUUAUUGAAUUUAUGAUUGUCUACGAAUGGGAUAGUAUGUGGAGUAAAUAUAAGAUAGACAACUUUUGGGAAAUCAACAUAUCAGAAAUGGAAGUUACUAUUCAAAGUAUUUUCAAGGAAUUAAACAGCUCAAUAAGAUUGUUAAAAGAUGAAAAUUGGAUAAUUUUAAAUGUCGCCAAGAACGACAUUGAGAAAUUUAGGCGUGUCUUACCGCUAAUAAAUGACUUAAGAAAUACUGCAAUGUACACACGUCAUUGGGAUGAAGUUCGAGAAGUAGUCAAAGUAAAUUUCUCCGAAGCCGAUCCCAACUUUACUUUGGAAUAUAUAAUGCAAAUGCAAAUGCAAAAAUACGGAGAUCAAAUAAGUGAAAUUUCAAAGAAAGCAACGAUGGAAUUAAAUAUAGAGAACACAUUAAAAUCAAUUAAAGAAGUAUGGAACGACAUGAAAUUAAAUGUUGUGCUUCAUGACUAUAAAAAAAUGUAUUGCAUAAAAGCGUCUGAAGAUAUAAUAAGUACGCUAGAAGAACAUUUGGUACAACUGUACUUUAUGAAGGGCUCAAAAUAUAUUUCUAUAUUUUUAAAAGAAGUCGACUACUGGACAAAAGCACUUUCUCUUGUGACGGACGUAUUGGAAAUGACUCUUUCCGUCCAGAGACAAUACGCUUAUCAAGAAAAUAUAUUUAAAGGAGACGAUGUUCGUAAUCAAAUUCCGAAUGAACUUAAAAUUUACAACAGAAUAACAGUGGAGUGGGAAAAUAUUACGUCAGAAAUGUUCAACGACAAUAAUGUAUUUAGAGCGUGUCAUUCAAAAUGUAUUAUUUCGGUGACAAACAAAUUAAUAAAAAUUAAGGAAGAACUGGAAGAGAUUCAGAAGGCACUUGAAUUGUACAUGGAAACAAAGCGGAAAAUAUUUCCAAGAUUUUAUUUCAUAUCCAACGACGAUUUAUUAGACAUACUGGCGAAAGCGAAGAAUCCCGAGCAUUUGCAGCCACAUUUAAAAAAAUGUUUUGACAACAUCAACAAGAUAAAAAUCAAUAAAAUCGAAAAUACCGCAGACGGAAUGUACUCCGCCGACGGAGAAUACGUGGCGUGGUCAAGCUCGGUCUUUUGCAACAUAUUGGUCGAAGAAUAUUUCAUUGAAAUCGGUACUGCUCUACAGAAUUUGAUGCGAAUUUCGCUGAAAGAGAUAUUCCAUUACACGUUGGAGUCGCUGAGGAAGAACGCGAAAUCUCGCGACAAAUGGAUAUUGUUGUGGCCGGGACAACUUUGCAUUACAGCGUCUCAGAUCGAAUGGACGGCCAAUUGUACAAAAGCGCUAGUCCAAGCCAAGAAAAUUGGCACAAAAAAGCCGCUGAAGAGAAUCCGCAAGAAACAGAGAAAGAUUUUGAUCAAGUUUUCCGACGCGCUUCGGGGCGACCUGGCGAAAAUCGACCGGCUGAAGAUUGUCGCAUUGGUCACCAUCGAAAUACACGCCAGAGACGUGAUCGACAAAAUGUACAAAUCCAAUUGCAUGGACGAGUCCGAUUUCGAGUGGAUGUCGCAGUUACGUUUUUAUUGGAACGAUAAGUGGGAAACGAUCACCAUCAAGCAAACGAACACCGAACAGAGUUAUGGUUACGAAUAUUUGGGCAACUCGGGACGACUGGUGAUCACGCCGCUGACCGACAGAUGUUACAUCACGCUGACCACGGCGCUGCACUUGUUCCGGGGUGGCAGUCCAAAAGGUCCGGCGGGCACGGGUAAGACGGAAACCGUGAAAGACCUGGGUAAGAACCUGGCGUACUAUGUGAUCGUCAUCAACUGUUCCGAUGGGUUGGACUACAAGAGCAUGGGCCGCAUGUUUUCCGGGCUCGCUCAACAGGGCGCUUGGGGCUGCUUCGACGAGUUCAACCGGAUCAACAUCGAGGUGCUGUCGGUCGUAGCGCAACAGAUACUGUCCAUAUACACGGCCCUGGCGAUCGGCUCGCAUAUGUUCAUGUUCAACGGCGACAAGAUCAAUCUGGUGCCCACGUGUGGCAUAUUCAUAACGAUGAACCCCGGGUACGCGGGUAGAACGGAGCUGCCGGACAACCUCAAGUCGCUGUUCCGUGCCAUAUCCAUGAUGGUGCCGGACACCAAGCUGAUCGCAGAAAUAAUGCUGUUCGGCGAGGGUUUCCGGGACACUAGGAACCUGGCCAACAAGGUGUACGUGCUGUUCGUGCUGUGCCGUCAGCAGCUCAGCAAACAAGAUCACUACGAGUUUGGGCUCCGGGGCCUGGUCGCGCUGCUGAGGUACGCCGGCCAGUGCAGACGUCAGAAUUCGAAAAUGCCCGACAACGAGGUGCUACUGUUAGCAAUGCACAACAUGAACUUAGCAAAGCUCACUGCAGAUGAUCUUCCGCUAUUUAUGGGCAUCACGAAGGAUUUGUUUCCUAAAAUUGUUUUACCGGUGAUCAAAAACGACGUACUCGUUAGCGCUAUAAAACAGUGCAUGUUGAAUAAGAAUCAUCAACCGUCAGACUCCGCGAUUGCCAAAAUCGUCCAGUUGUACGAAACGAAAAUUUCCAGGCAUUCCGUUAUGAUACUAGGACAAACGGGAACAGCAAAAACUUCUAGUUGGAAAACGUUAAGGGAAUCAAUGAUAUUGUUAAAGAAAGAGAAAGUGGAUGGCUUCGAAACCGUCAUUGUAUAUCCUUUGAACCCCAAAGCACUUACACUCGGUGAAUUGUACGGUGAAUAUAAUUUGAGUACUCAAGAUUGGACGGACGGUGUAUUGUCGUCUUUAAUGCGUACAAUUUGUUCAGAUAUUGGAAUCGAACAGAAAUGGAUAAUAUUCGAUGGACCAGUCGAUGCGAUAUGGAUUGAGAACAUGAAUUCUGUGAUGGAUGACAACAAAGUAUUAACGCUGAUAAAUAGUGAACGAAUUACGAUGCCCGAACAGGUGUCACUUCUUUUCGAAGUGGAAGACUUGGCCGUUGCCUCUCCGGCGACCGUUUCUAGGUGUGGUAUCAUUUACAAUGAUUAUAAAGAUUUCGGCUGGAGACUGUACGUGGACUCGUGGUUGAACGAAUGUAAAUUUGAACCGUACAGGGAAAACAUCAGGACAAAUUUUCAAAAAUACCUGGACAUUGUUCUUGAGUUCAAAAGGUUGAAUUGUAUCGAAACAAUUCCAUUACCGGAGUUAAGUGGCAUCCAAUCGUUGUGCAAGUUACUAGAAUGUUUUACGUUCAGCGAUUUGGCGGUCGAAGUUCCCGAAGGGUUGUAUAUAGAAAAGUACAAUCAACUACUGAAACUGUGGUUCUUGUUUUGCAUGGUUUGGUCUGUCUGUGCGGUGGUAAACGAGCAUGGCCGUAAAAAGAUCGACCACUUCCUGAGGAGCAAACUGAACGAGUACCCGAUCGGCGAUUCGGUUUACCAUUACUACGUGGAUCCGGUCGCGGGAUAUUUCCGUCAUUGGGACCUGUUCCUGCGGGACGAGAACUGGACGUACAAAUCGGAUUUACCGUUCUUCAAAAUAAUCGUGCCCACCGUCGACACGGUCCGUUAUAACUACCUGGUGGGAGCGUUGAUGAGCAGGGAACAGCCGGUGCUGCUGGUCGGUCCGGUCGGCACGGGUAAGACGUCCACGGUGCAAAAAGUAUUGGAUGCGUUCGAUAAGAACAAAUUCCUGAUCCUCACGAUCAACAUGUCCGCGCAGACCACGGUGCACAACGUCCAAGAGACACUCGACGGACGGUUAGAAAAGCGGACGAAGGACUUGUACAUGCCGCUCGCGAACAAAACAAUGAUCACGUUCUUGGACGACCUUAACAUGCCGGAGAAAGAGGUUUACGGAGCUCAGCCGCCGCUGGAGCUGAUCCGGCAGUGGAUAGACUAUGGUUACUGGUACGACCGCAGCAAUCGGAUGCUGAAGAACGUCAAGAACAUGGUGCUGAUCGGUGCCAUGGGCCCGCCGGGUGGCGGCAGGAACACCGUUAGCAACCGGUUGACCAGCUGCUUCAGCGUGAUCAACCUGACAUUCCCGGAGGAAUCGCAAAUAUCGUACAUCUUCAACUCGAUGUUGAACCAGCACAUGAAACCGUUCGAGGAGUACAUGCGCAACAUGAGGUUCGGGUUGACCGAGAUGACGAUCGCGCUAUACAAAGCCGUGGUGGCCAACCUGCUGCCGACACCGGCGAAAAUGCACUACUUGUUCAACUUGAGGGACAUAUCCAAAGUAUUUCAAGGCCUGUUGCGUAGCAGUGUCGGUAGCCAAAAAAACAUUGAAUCGAUGUUGCGGCUGUGGUGCAACGAAGUGUUCCGCGUAUUUAACGACAAGUUGAUCGACGAAAAGGAUCAGGAAUGGUUCAUGGAUCAGGUAAACGUGUUGCUAGGAAAGCAUUACGAAGAAACGUAUCGAAACCUGUGUCCAUCGUCCCGUACUCUGAUGUUUUGCGAUUUCUUGAACAACCAGUCGGUGUACGAGGAGGUCACCGACGAGAAUUAUCUUCGUCAGUUCAUCUACGACAGCUUAGACGAAUACAAUUCCAACACGGGCGUGGUGCCACUAAGCCUCGUGCUGUUCAAGGACGCGAUCAACCACGUUUGCCGUAUCAACAGAGUGAUAUCGCAACCGAGGGGCUACAUACUGCUGGUCGGCAUAGGAGGAUCGGGUCGAUCUUCACUCGCGAGGGUUGCAAACUGGCUGUGCGGCUACAACAUGUUCACGAUUGAACUGACUAAAACGUACGGCGUGAAUGAUUUCAAAGAGGACUUGAAACGUCUGUACUACGACACGGGAGUGCGAGAUCUACAGACGUCGUUUUUGUUCAGUGACACACAGAUCGCAAACGAGAUUUUUCUGGAGAUAAUUAACAACAUACUGAGCACAGGUGAAGUGUCCAAGUUGUACAAAGAAGAAGAUUUCGAAGAAAUCAAAGACGCGUUGUCGGCCAUCGCUAAAAAAGAAGGUGUUCCAGAAGCGACCGAUGCCAUGUAUUCGUUUUUCUUGGAUCGGGUCCGGGGUAAUCUGCACGUUAUUAUUUGUCUCAGUCCGAUCGGAAACAAAUUUCGCAUGCGGUUGCGACAAUAUCCCUCACUGAUAAAUUGUACAACAGUAGAUUGGUUUUUGGAUUGGCCAAAAGAAGCCUUACUUGAAGUGGCUUUUCGAUCUCUCAGCACAUUAGAAAUAUUGGAAACUAUAACUGGUAACCCAAGAGUAUACGAAGUCGAUUCAGAUAUUCGAACAGAAAAAGAGUUAAAACUUAGUAUAGCAAAUUUAUUCUCCAUAAUUCAUCACUCAGUAGCUAAUUAUUCUAAUAUAAUGUUAUUAGAACUAAAACGCUAUAAUUAUGUUACACCUACAAAUUAUUUAGAAUUAGUGUCAGGAUACAAAGAGUCAUUGCGUUUAAAACGCAUCGAAGUUGCAAGUAUAGCGAAUAAAUUAAGGAAUGGUUUAUUCAAAAUCGAUAGCACGAGUAAAAAAGUGGCUGGGAUGACUAUAGAAUUAGAAAAAGCCACAGAAACGGUUACAAAAUAUACCACAGAAUGUGAUGAAUUUCUAGACAUUAUAACAGAACAAACUUCAAUAGCUGAUAAAAAAAAAAAAGAAGUUGACGAGCAAAGUAUUACGAUUAAACAUGAAGAAAUCGAAAGUCAAGAGUUGUAUAGUAUAGCGAUAGCCGAUUUAGAAAAGGCGAUGCCUGCGCUAGAAGAAGCUAUGGAGGCGUUGAAUGCACUCAAUAAAAAAGAUCUUGCUGAAGUAAAAUCAUUUUCAACACCUCCAGCUAGAGUAAAAUUGGUGCUAGAAGCUUUGAUGAUAUUAAAACAAUCCGAACCUUCUUGGACAGAAGCCAAAAAACAGCUAGGUGAUCCGAAUUUUCUAUCACAAUUGAAAGAAUUCGAUAAAGAUCAUGUACCUUCAAAAGUUCUAAAAAAAAUCGGUACAUACACGAGAAAUCCAGAAUUUGAACCAGAAAAAGUGGGUGCUCAAUCGAUAGCUGCAAAAUCUCUCGCUCAGUGGGUCAUUGCAAUUGAGAAAUAUGCUAUUAUUUUUAAGGUUGUAGCUCCUAAAAAACAGUCUGCCGAUGCAGCAUUAGCCUCUCUAAGAAGCAAACAGUUGGCAUUAUCUAACGCACAAAAUACAUUACGUGAGCUACAAGAACUUCUAAUAAAAUUGGAAAAUGAUUUCGACAAAAAAAUGAAAGAAAAAGAGCAGUUGGUCAAAAAAGCAGAAGAUUUGAAAAGAAAUCUUGAAAGAGCAGCUUCAUUAAUAGAAGGACUAUCCGGAGAAAAAAUUAGAUGGACUGCAACUGUAAAACAAUUAGACAUUAACUUUGACUACUUGCCAGGGGACUGUUUACUUGGUAUAGCAUUCGUAUCAUACAUGGGACCGUUUGUAUUCAAAUAUAGAGAUAUACUUUUGAAGUUAUGGAUUCAGUCAGUAAAAGAUAUGAAAAUUCCAAGUGAUCCAAGAUUUGAAAUCAAGACUUUCUUAUCGGACCCAGCCAUCAUAAGAAACUGGAAUAUUCAUGGUUUACCCAAUGAUGAUUUAAGUACUGAAAAUGGAAUAAUUAUCAGUCGAGGAUCGCGAUGGUCAUUAAUCAUAGACCCACAAUGUCAAGCUUUGAAAUGGAUAAAGAAAAUGGAAGCCAAUAAUAGAUUACAACUCAUUGAUUUUUGCUUGCCUAAUUAUAUGAAAAUAUUAGAAAAUGCAUUAAAUUUAGGGUACCCGACGUUGUUACAAAUAACCUCAGAAAAUAUUGAUCCAGCAAUAAUGCCAGUUUUAUCAAAAUCCAUUGUAAAAGAAGGAAAUCAACUUUACAUUAAAAUGGGUGACAAGCUAUUGCCAUAUAAUGAUAAUUUUAGAUUUUUCAUAACAACCAAAAUAAGAAACCCAUAUUACCCACCUGAAAUUUUCACAAGAGCAGCAGUAAUUAAUUUUGCGAUUAAAGAAGAAGGACUCGAAGACCAACUUUUAGAUGUGGUGAUCACAAUGGAAAAACCCGAACUGAAAAUACUUAAAGAUAAUUUAAUAAUUAAUAUUGCUAAUGGUAAAAAGACUUUAGUUGAAUUGGAAGAUGAACUUUUAAGACUUUUAAAUGAGAUUGAAGGAUCCUUAUUAGAAAACGAAGAACUUUACAAUACUUUAGGGUCUUCAAAAGUUACAUCGGCAAAUAUCAAUGAACAACUUGAAAGCUCAUUAAUAACUCAAGCUGAAAUCGAUUAUGCUCGAGAGGGUUAUAGACCUUGUGCUAAAAGAGCGUCAAUAUUAUUCUUCGUUCUCAAUGAACUCAGUCAAAUCGAUCCAAUGUAUCAAUUUUCGUUAGAUUCGUACAUGGACCUAUUUCAGAAUUCAAUUGAAAAAAGCGAAAAACAUGAAAAACUAGACCUACGAUUGGAAUACUUAAAUUAUUAUCACACAUAUGCAGUUUAUCAGAAUACUUGCCGUGGACUAUUUGAAGUUCAUAAAUUAUUAUUUUCGUUUCAAAUAUGCAUUAGUUUAUUGUUGGCUGAAGAUCUACUGUCUACGAGAGAAAUUGAGUUUCUUUUCAAGGGCGGAAUAGUACUAAAUAAAGUAGAACAGACUGAGAACCCAUGCAAAUCUUGGUUACCACCUUCCAAUUGGGAUAACAUUACAGAACUAGAUAAACUGUCAGGGUUUUUAGGAAUUGAAAAAUCAUUUGAACAAUUUCCUCGAGAGUGGAGAGAAUGGUAUAUGUCUCCGUAUCCCGAAACGUUAAGUCUCGUUGGGAAAUGGAACGAUAAUAUGAACGAAUUUCAGAAGUUGUUAUUUGUGAGAAGCCUUAGAUUAGAUAGACUAUCGUUCGCGAUCUCAAACUUUAUUGCAAAUAAACUUAGUACAAGGUUUAUAGAACCUCCCGUUUUGGAUGUGAGAAACGCUUUUGAGGAUUCAAGUAAUAAGACUCCGUUGAUAUUCUUGUUGUCACCUGGAGUAGACCCGACCAACAUGUUACUUGGUUUAGCUGCGAAUUUCAGUAGAUCUACUAAUUUACAAUCUCUGUCUCUGGGUCAAGGUCAAGCACCUAUUGCAACCAAAUUAAUUGAAUAUGGGCAAACGUAUGGAAAUUGGGUAUUUCUCGCUAACUGUCAUCUUUCUUUAUCGUGGAUGCCGCAGUUGGAUAAAAUAGUCGAACUUAUGCAAGACGGUGGAUCUCACCCGAACUUCCGGCUGUGGUUAAGUUCAAAUCCGAACCCUGAUUUCCCCAUCGCCAUUUUACAGAGCGCUAUAAAAAUGACAACCGAACCACCAAAAGGGUUGAAAGCAAAUAUGAAACGUUUGUACAACAAUAUAACCGAUGUUCAAUAUUCCAAGUGCGUUUCACAUGAAAAAUAUUCUAAGUUAUUGUUCUCGUUAUGUUUUUUCCACUCGAUAUUAAUCGAAAGAAAGAAAUUUCAAAAUCUUGGGUGGAACAUCAUUUACAGUUUUAACGAUUCAGAUUUCGUGGUAUCGGAAAAUCUAUUAUCCAUAUAUUUGGAUACGUACGCAAACACUCCAUGGGAUGCUUUAAAAUAUUUAAUUGCUGGAAUUUGUUAUGGAGGUCAGGUUACAGACGAUUGGGACAGAAGGCUCUUAGAUACAUACAUAAAUCAAUAUUUUAAUGAAAAUGCAAUCAAAACGCCCUAUUACAGAUUAUCUUCGUUGAUGAAAUAUUAUAUACCGCAAGAUUUAGAUCUCGAAUCACAGAUACACUACAUAGACACAUUACCGAAUGUGGAUGACCCUGAAGUAUUUGGGCAACAUUCUAAUGCUGAAAUGGCUUCUCUGAUGGAAGCGAAUCGCAUGGUUUGUGAAACUCUCUUAGUAUUACAAGGACAAUCGUCAGCAGUGGCCGAAGAAAACAAAGAAGAAAAAGUUUCAGUUUUGUGCUCCAAAAUAUUGAAAAAAAUUCCUGACCUAAUAGAUUAUGAUACUACCGUAAAGAACAUUGGACUUAAAAAAGGUCCAUUAAAUGUGGUACUUUUACAAGAGAUAAUCCGUUAUAAUUUUUUAUUGAAAGAAAUAAAAAAUUCAUUAGUCGGCCUAGAAAAAGGAAUAAAGGGAUUAGUCAUCAUGUCAUCCGACCUCGAAGAAAUAUUUCAAUGUGUAUAUGAAGGUAGAGUGCCCGGUCAAUGGCUAAAAGCUUACCCUUCACUAAUGAACUUGGGCUCUUGGACUCAAAACUUAAUAGAAAGAAUUAAACACUUUAAAGUAUGGGCAGAUAAAGUUCAUCCGCCAGUUUUAUUUUGGUUAGGCGCUUACACGUAUCCGACUAGUUUUCUAACAGCAGUUUUACAGGUUCAUUCACGUAAUUCGUCCGUACCAAUUGAUUUACUUAACUGGGAUUUCUCACCGAUGACUAUUCCCGAAAUGGAUAUAGUCAUGCCUCCACAAGAAGGAGUAUACGUGCGAAGUUUAUACUUGGAAGGAGCCAAUUGGAACUUUGAAAAAUCAUGUAUUUGUGAACCAGAACCUUUGAAGUUUAUUGCUCAGUUACCAGUUAUACAAUUCAAACCCGUAUUAACCGCGUCGAAGAAAAGAGGCUACUAUCAAUGUCCAGUAUAUUAUUACCCACAAAGGUGCGGAACACAAGGAAGGGAUGCUUUUGUAGUUGUAAUGAACCUCGAUAGUGGCUCGGAAACGCCAGAUUAUUGGGUGAAAAAGGCAACUGCUGUACUACUUAAUCUAUCAUUUUGA